CAGCUCCUAAGGGACAGGAGGGCGGGGCUUGAAGAGGAAUGGACACUCCCUAAGGUCUACGCUUCACACAAAUGGACUCAACUGUCACUGAGCAGGAACAGAGAAUUUGAGAGAUCACACGACAACGGAAUUACGUCCAUGCAAUUAGACCACACCUCCCAAAGAUAUUUAUUAUCAGGUACAACUGAUGGCUCCAUUUUCAUUCAAGACACUCGUUAUCAAGUGGGUGUGGCUCGUCAAACCUGUCCCACAGUUGCAUUCAAUCGUGGAAGCACCACACCCUCCUCUCACACUCACAGUAUUUCAGAGUUGAAGUGGUACCCUCAUGACACUGGGAUCUUUACCAGUUCCUCGAUGGAUAAAACCUUAAGAAUAUGGGAUACUAAUGAGAUGUGUGUAGUGGAGAAUUUUAAAAUGAGUAGUCCAAUUUAUACCCAUGAUUUAGCAAAAGCAAUGAAGCACACAUUGACAGCUGUUGGUACCAAAGAUGGUAUCGUUACCAUAUGUGACAUGAACUCUGGCUCCAGUAGUCAUAUAUUGAAGAGACACAAGAAACCAGUAAUGACAGUACAAUGGUCGCCUUCUGAUGAAUACACCCUAGCUACAGGAAGUCAGGAUAAUCAG